GAAAAGUUGCAGAUCAAGUGAAAUUGAAAGUUGAAAAUUUUUAUAAUGAUGAUGAGUACAGUGCUCCGAUGCCAGGUAUGAAAGAUUUUGUUUCAGUUCGAAAUGAUGAUAGUAAUCGAGUACCCGUCUAAAAAAGACUUGUCCUGUCUAACUUAAAAGAAUUAUACCAAUAUUUUCGGGAAAUAAACGCUGCAGAGAAAAUUGGAUUUUCGAGAUUUGCUUCUCUGCGACCUAAACAUUGUGUGUUAGCAGGGGCAAGUGGAACACAUACCAUCUGUGUCUGUACGAUCCAUCAAAACGUUAACUUAAUGAUGCUUGGGGCGAAUAUUCAUUCUCUAACAAGAAAUACAGAUAUAUCCAUUACACACUAUAGUUAUUGUUUGAGUUUGAUUGUAUGUAAAUCUCCAUCGUUUCUAUGUUAUUUGGGUAGAUGUGAAAACUGUCCAGGGGUAGAUGAGUUGAGUAACCUUUUACUGGCAUGUUUUGAAAAUCACGAAAUUGAGAAUAUUACAUAUAAGUAUUGGAUAUCUAAACCGAGAAGCAGUUUAGAAACUAUUAUUAAGCCUAUAGAAGAAUUUGUUGAAGAUUUUUGUACUGAAUUGAAAACUCUUCUACCUCACUCAUUUAUUGCUAAAGAACAAGCAAAAUUUUUUAAAACAUUGAGAGAAACAUUAGAACCAAAUGAAUUUAUCAUUAUUUGUGAUUUUGCAGAAAAUUACGCGUUCGUAGUGCAAAACGCGGCAUCUGGUUUUCACUGGAACAAUAAUCAAGCAACAAUUUUCCCAAUAGUGAUUUAUUAUAAAGUAAAUGGCGAACUUGAACACAAAAGUUUAGUAAUUAUUUCAGAUUGUAAUAAUCAUGAUGCCGUCGCCAUACAUGUUUUUAUCAAAUUAAUAACUGACUAUGUGAAAAGUCUUCCUGAACGUUGUAACAAAAUUUAUUAUUUUUCUGACGGGGCUACUCAACAAUUUAAAAACUUUAAAAACUUCGUAAAUUUAUAUUAUCACGAAGAGGAUUUCGACAUUCCUGCUGAAUGGCAUUUUUUUGCGACAGCCCAUGGCAAAGGUCCAUGUGAUGGUAUUGGUGGUACCAUUAAACGAUAUGCAGCAAGAGCAAGUCUCCAAAUUGCGGUUGACAAACAAAUAACAACGCCUGAAGAACUCUUUGAAUGGACUUCUGAUCCGGACAACUUACCAACAUCAUAACUAAGUU